AUGUGGCGUCUAUUUGGCCGCUCCGAUACUCCCAAAAAGACCUCUCCUCCCCGGAGCUUGCCCGCAUCAUGGUAUCGCUCCGAAGCCAUGUACCAGCUGGAGCGACGCGCCAUCUUCUCCAAGCGGUGGAUGUUGCUCACCCACGCCAGCAGAUUCACCAAAGCUGGCGACUUUCUCUCCUUCACCGUCUCUAACUUCUCCUUCUUCCUAACUCGCGACCGUGAUGGCAACAUCAACGGCUUCCACAACAUGUGUCGACAUCGUGCGUACCCCGUCGUGCAGGCCCGGUCGGGAACCACCUCCAUCCUCAGCUGCAAGUACCACGGCUGGUCAUACGGCUUCAAGGGCAACCUCUCUAAAGCCCCUCGCUUCGAAACUGUCCCCGGCUUUGAUAAGAGCCAACACGGCCUCCUUCCCAUCCACGUCCACGUCGACAAGACAGGUUUCGUCUGGGUCAAUUUGGAAUCCGGCGACCCGGAAGUCAAAUGGGACGACGAAUUUCAAAAGAUCGACGAGCAGCCGCGGAUGCAGGACUUUGAUUUUGGCGGGGAAUACACCUUUGACCAUUACUGGGAGAUGGAUCUGGAGGCAAACUGGAAGUUGCUGAUUGAGAACUAUAACGAGUGCUAUCACUGCGCGACUUCCCAUCCGCUUAUCAGUGGAGUGUCGGAUCUUCCGCGGUAUCGCGUCGAGCCGAAGGCGGGGUACAUGGAGCAUCAUAUCUUCAAUAAGGAGAGCGCCGAUGCACAGUUUCGACGGGCUAUCACUUAUUUUUAUCCCACGACAUCGGUUACUGUCACGGACAAAUUCUUCUAUAUCCAGCGCAUGAUUCCGAUGAGCGCGACCACGAGCAAGAUCGAAAACGAAGUGUAUCGACACAAGGACGCCACAGAUGAGGAGUUCGCCAAUAUCAAUGCGUUCUACCGGCAGGUUCUGGACGAAGAUAAGGAUCUAUGUGUCGGAGCGCAAGAGAAUCUCAGUGCGGGGGUGUUUAUCAACGGCGAGCUGCACCCAGACAAGGAGAGGGGACCAAUCCACUUUCAAGAAAAUGUGAGGAGCAUGGUGAUGGCACAUCGGCAGAAAGAAGAAGGGCAGGGGGGACAAGAGAUCUGGCCGGCACUGCCCAAGGUGACGGGCGAGAUGCGGACGGGCAAACUGGCCGAGGAGGAAAAGUUCUGCUCUCAGCUAGAGGCGGCCAGCUGUAUGGCCCGACCGGAGCUGGCAUGGUGA